AUGAAUGCCUCAGAUGACGUGCACUUGGUUGACGAUCCAACCGUUACAUUGGAGAGCCAACAUAUUGCCAAUCCAUCAACUCAUGAUGUAGAUGAGGAAGAUAAUGAGAUUCCUCAGAUAUAUGCAGAUUUUAUUUCAGAAGUUUUUGACAAUGGGGAUAUUGAAAUCGAUGAAUUACCCCCACCACAAGUAAAAUUGUCAAAUUUUACUCUUGAAGGAAUAGCAAAAUAUAUAAAAGAAGAAAGUCCUAAGAUAUGCUUUAUGGUUGGAGCUGGUAUUUCAACUUCUGCAGGGAUUCCAGACUUUAGAACACCAGGAACCGGUUUGUAUGACAAUCUCGGGAAGUAUGAUUUGGAUGAUCCUCAAGAUAUAUUUGAUCUCCAAUUUUUUGAUGAAGAUCCAAGGCCAUUCUAUACAUUAGCUAAAGAACUUUUUCCUACUGGAGUUAAACCAACGACUUGUCAUUAUUUUAUUAAGCUUGUUGAUGAGAAAGGCUUACUUAAACGAUGUUUUACACAAAACAUUGAUUCUUUAGAAAGAAUAGCAAAUAUACCAUCACAAAAAGUUGUAUUUGCUCAUGGUAAUCAUAUUACAUCUACUUGUAGACUUUGUAAGAAAAAAUAUAGUUAUGAUUGGCUUCAGGCUCAUUUAGCAGAUAAAAAUAAAUUAGUUCCAUUUUGUGAGGAAGAAAAUUGUAAUGGUGUUGUUAAACCGGAUAUUGUAUUCUUUGGAGAAAAUCUACCUACAAGCUUUUUUUUAGGAGCUAUUCAUGAUAUUCCGGCUUGUGAUUUACUUAUUAUUAUGGGAACAUCUUUAGUAGUUCACCCAUUUGCUUCAAUUGUCCAUGAAGUGAGGCCCGAAGUUCCAAGGCUUUUAAUAAACAUGACUGCUGUUGGAAAGAAAAGAAAUCCUUUUGCUCCUAGUUUAAUGUAUGGUGAACCAGAUAAUAUUCGUGAUGUUUUUUGGCCAGGGGCCUGUGAUGAUGGUGUUAUGGAGUUAGCCCGUCUCCUUGGUUGGGAUGAGGAGUUAAAAGAACUAAUUCAUAGAGAACAUUUGAAAUUAGAAAAAAAAGGACAAUGUCAGAAAGAUCUGAAUACAUAUGAUUCGGGAACUGGAGAUUCAGUUGCGGGUCCAUCAACGAAAUAG